AUGAUUGUACCAGAUUUACUACUAGAUCCUCAACUAAAAUAUUGGGUAUUAUUACCAAUAUCAAUUGCAAUGGUAUUAGUUGGUUUAUUAAGAUCAAAUAUAACAUAUUUAAUACAACCAAAUCCAAAACUUCAAGAAUAUAAAAAAGUAAGAGAAGCUCAAUUUCUUCAAAAAGUUAGAUGUUUCAAAGAAAAUCAACACGUAUUAACUCAAGAAGAAUUUAAUUCAUACAAGGCAUACCUUAUAUCAAAAUUAAACAGUGAUGAAUUUUUUGCAGAAAAAGGUAAACAAGAGGAACAAAUGAAUCCAUUUGAUGGUUCGAAUAAUGAUGCAAUAAUGUCGAUGGCUAAAGGUAAUUUAAUGAACUAUAUACCACAAACUUUAGUAAUGGGUUGGGUUAAUUAUUUCUUUGCCGGUUUUGUCAUCAUGAAAUUACCAUUCCCAUUAACUGAUGGAUUUAAGAGUAUGUUACAAAAUGGUAUAAUGACUCCUAAUUUAAAUGUUCGUUAUGUUUCUUCUAUAUCAUGGUAUUUCAUAAGUUUAAUGGGGUUGAGACCAGUAUAUUCAUUGAUUAUGGGAUCUGAUGAAGCUGAUGAAUUGAUUAGACAACAGCAACAACAACAACAACCAAUGCCAAACAUUGGAGGUCCUGGUGGUCCGAAAGCAGAUAAGGUAUUUAAAGCAGAAGCUGAAAAUUUACAAAUUUUAAUUCAUGAAAGUAUAUAUGAUAAAGUCGUAGAAAGAUUUAUAGAAAAAUAUAGCUGA